CAGAGCCAAUCUCAGCCUCAAGCACUCGUUCAGUUCUCCAGCUUUGUUUAUAAUAACAUAUCUACUACUCUUAAUAUCUAUUCAACCACCGUCGUUAUCACCGUCAAGAUGAAGUUCUCCGCUGCCUUGUUCACUCUGUUGGCCACCAGUGUCAUGGCCAACCCCACCAAGGUCGCUCGCGAGCCUACCCUCGUCGAGCGUGACGCUGCUUCCAUCACGAGCGUCCUUUCCGACAUUAACACCCAAGUUCAGUCUCUUGACUCGGCCAUCAACUCUUACUCUGGAGGCGACCCCUCCAAGGUCGAGUCCGCCUCUUCCUCUUUGGUUUCGGAGAUUAACUCUGGUGUCUCUACUGUCAACGGAGGAUCUGAGCUCAGCGCCACUGAUGCUCUCACCAUCACUGGCCCCGUUCAGGACCUCACCAAGGAGGUGCAGACCACCAUUGAUGAUCUGAUUUCGAAGAAAUCCGACUUCGUGUCCGCUGGGGCUGGUGCCACUGUCUACGCUCAGCUGCAGAAGCAGUACACUGCUUCCAAGAACCUGGCCGAUGCCAUCACCUCCAAGGUCCCGUCCUCUCUGUCUAGCAUCGCUAGCUCCUUGUCUUCCGGUAUCACCGACGCCAUUCAGAAGGGUGUCGAUGCCUACAAGGACGUGGCCACCUCGUCCGCCUCGUCCGCUAGCUCCACCUCUGAGGCCUCCAGUGCUACCUCCGCUGCCUCUGCCACCGAUGCCACUACUGCUGCCACCACUGCUGCCUCCACCACUGAGAGCGCUGCUGCUUCCACCAGCUCCAGCCCCGUCAUCCCUAGCUCUCCCUCCUCUGCUUCUGCCUCCUCCACUCCCAGCGGCUCUGCCUCUGCCUCCGCCUCUGCUUCUCCUUCCCUCUUCACCGGUGCUGCCAGCGUGGAGCGCUUCAGCUACACUCUCGGUGGUGCUGCUGUUGCUGCUGCCAUUGCCAUCGCUGUCUAAGUGGGACAUAACGAUGGACAGCGUGAGCCAUGCGACGAAUAACGAGGUGAAAUGGUCAAGGUCCACAACACUCCCUUUACUGCUUCAAUAAAGGCAAUGGACUUGCCGAAUGUAUAUCUUACUACUGCCUCAUGAGGCUUAGAACCUGUACCAUUUUCGAGGCUUGGAUAUUUUUGUGAUUUUUUUAUCAUCUGUUGUUAUAGCUAUAAUACAGUGUAUUCUGGCGACGCUUGUGUCUAAAAGCAGUAAUAUAAUUACAGAGUAGCAUAACGGGUCCAA